CAGCAGCUGCAGGAGGAGCGCGCACUGAAAGUAAAACCACCCAUUAAAAGGAACAGAGAGGAGGAGAAACUGAUUCAACAAGUGCCCAACAAACAGGAGAACACAAACUAAAGAAGUGAUGGAGCCCUCCAAACAGAUUCAGUACACUUCAAAUGAGGUCAAAGACACCGGGGACAGCAGCUCCGUGCCUAACGGACACUUUGACGGGCUGGUGAAGCGGCCGGCCGGCGGAACCGUGCGCACCCAAACUCCCCAGCCCCCGGGCGCGGAGUGCAGCUCUCACCGGCCGGCCAACGCGGGGAUGGAGAGCUGGAGGGAGGAGCGCACAAGGAGCGUGGAGGACAACGAGAUGAGCCUGCCUUCCCUGGCCGCCGCUUACACCACCAUCCUGCGGGGGCUCGGGGAGGACCCCCAGCGGCAGGGGCUCCUCAAGACCCCCUGGAGAGCCGCCACCGCCAUGCAGUUCUUCACCAAGGGCUACCAGGAGAAAAUCAUCGACGUGCUGAACGACGCCAUCUUCGACGAAGACCACGACGAGAUGGUGAUCGUCAAAGACAUCGACAUGUUCUCCAUGUGUGAGCAUCACCUGGUGCCCAUCUUCGGCAGGGUUCACAUCGGCUACCUCCCAAACAAGAGAGUUCUGGGCCUCAGCAAGCUGGCCAGGAUCGUUGAGAUCUACAGCCGUCGACUACAAGUUCAGGAGAGGUUGACCAAACAGAUUGCCGUGGCGAUCACUGAGGCCCUGCAGCCCACCGGGGUCGGCGUCGUCAUCGAGGCAACUCACAUGUGUAUGGUGAUGCGAGGCGUUCAGAAGAUGAACAGUAAAACCGUCACCAGCACCAUGUUGGGAGUUUUCAGGGAAGACCCAAAAACCCGCGACGAGUUUCUGACACUGAUCAGGAGCUGAGGAGGACUGAGCUCCUUCUCUUCCUCCGCCCGAUGCCUGACGUUACCUCCACCUGCGCGACCCAGUGUGUGUGUGUGUGUGUGUGUGUAUGUGUGUGUGAGAGAGUGGAGAGAAAGAGUGUCCGAACAUUUUAAUCCUUGUCGUUAUCUCAGUGAUGUCUGAGUUAGAGGACGAUGACUGACAGGACUUUACCCCUCUUUUUUGUUUACGUCUGUUCUGUGUGAUCAUUAAUCAAACAUCGAUCUUUGGCCUCUAAGUCAACGUAAUACGAGUUUAAAAGAAAGAAAGACUCCACCAAAAUAUACAAACAUCGAUUUAUUGACACUUGAAAACCACUUCUGGUAAUAAGCCCUUAACGUACAGGAGGGAGAGUAAAAACAAACACACUGAAAGCAUGUCAGAAAGUGAGCUGUCUUUAUCAGGUGUAGUCAUAUUCACUCGUGUUUGCUUUUAAAUAUGAGCACAGAGGAAAUAGUCGUUUAUAAAAAAAGGUUUCAGAAAAGGUUAAGAUGAGGUCAAAGGUCACGCAUAGAAACAUAAAGUAAGUAAACAAAAAGGAAAUCAUCCUGUCAGAGUUUUCAAUCAUUCAAGCUUUAUGUGUACAGCGCCAAAUUCAUGACAUUCUUCAUAUUGUGAUUCCAUUGAACUA